ACGCUACUGUUUAACGUUGAACAUUCAAGAUAUUGAAUCGUCUACUACGAUCGAUAUGUUUACCGUCGCCUUUACUUGAACAAGAAGUAAAUCGUCAUGCAUUCCGCGAGAAUAAGAUCAUAUUUUUGCAUAUUGCUCAACCAGUGCUUUAGUUCUGAAUAUUUUAAAAACCAAACAUACUUUAAAUUAACCAAUAUAAGGUAUAGUAGCAUUACCGUGAGCAUGCAGAGUCUUUGGAGGGAACAUGACGAAGCUCACUGUAUUUCCUCAAAUAAGCUUUUAGGUGCUUAGAUAAAAUUUCGGCUUAAAGGAAGGGCGCUUGUUGGAAGGAGGGCGCUUAAUUUAGGGGGCACUCGUUGACAUAGCACAGCAGUGGGACAAAAGUAAAAAGAACAGAUAAAUGCACAUAUAAAGGAACUAUGGAAUCAUUUGGAGAUAGAAAUAGCUGGAACAGGAAAUAAACUACUCUCUGGUACAUAAGGUAAUGUUUAGCAUGUAUAACUGUUGUGUCAAAGCAAGGCACCAGCAGGAUUCAAAAUGGUCCUUGGUUGUUUGCAUCUGUGCAACUCUCUCACAAGUGAUGGUCUUGGGAAUUAUGCGCAGCUUUGGUGUGCUUUUUCCUGUAUUGAUGGCAAAGUUUGAAACAAACAGGGAAAAAACAGCUUGGGUAGGUUCCCUCUGCUUAUCACUUGCACUAUUUGCUGCUCCAUUUGUGGGACGUCUCUCUGACAAGUUUAGUUGUCGCUGUUUGAUCAUGACUGGAGCAUUGCUGUUUGUAACAGGACUUAUAGCAACAUCAUUUGUUAACAACAUUGCAAUCAUGUUCAUCACCUACAGUAUUCUUACAGGACUAGGAGCAUGUUUCUGUCGUACGUCAUGUUUUUUAAUAGUGGCAAAGUACUUCAACAAGAAGCGAUCAUUUGCCACAGGGAUUUUAACCAUGGGAGCCAGUCUUGGAAUGUUUGUAUGGGGCCCUAUAACACAAGUCCUACUUGAUUCAUUUGGCUGGAGAAACACAUAUAGAGUGAUGGCAGCUUCAUGCACCCUUAUUUUCAUCUGUGCUAUGACUUUUAAUCCCAAUGUUGAGGAGAAUGACUGGGAAGCAGCAGGGAAGCAAAAAAUAGGAGAGAGCAAUGAUAACAAUGAGGAGAAAGAUUACUGUGGCAAUGACUUUGAAGCUAGGAGUGAGGAAAUGAAAAUUCUUGAUUUUUCAGUAUGGCAGAUUCCCCAGUAUUGCAUACUUGUUUCUUCAUUCACACUGAUGUUCUUGUGUCGUUUCGUACCCAUGGUUCAUCUAGCCAAGUACAGUGAAGAACUGAACAUUUCACCUCAUCAAGCCUCAUUCUUUUACAUGUUCCUUGGAAUCUCAUCAGGCACAUCUGCAUUUCUAAUUGGCAGACUGUGUGAUGUCAAAUGGAUCAAUAUACGUUAUGUAAAUCAGCUUGGAAUUUUGGUUUCUGGAAUCUCUACACUGCUCUUACCACUUGCUAAAAACUAUCUUUUUGUUGCAUUUUAUGCUGUAGUGUUUGGGUUCUCAGAUGGAGCCUUCAUCACAACACAAAAUGUAAUUCUCUUGAAUAUUGUUGGGCCCAAGAGACGAGCAGCUGCAUUUGGGUUUGGGUGCAUGUUGUGUUCACUGGCUUUAGCUGCUGGUCCACCUUUAACAGGCUUCAUAGCUGACCAACUGGCUUCAUACAAGUUUGCAUUUUACACAAUAGGCUCUCUUAUUCUUCUCAGUGCAGCUAUUCAGAUGCUUCUGAUCUGCUUUGAGUCUCCAUUCAAUAAGACCAAAGGAGAUAGUGAUGCUGCUGUGACUGUUAAAGUGGUUACAGUCUCUGAGAAUAUCUGCACAGAAAGUCAACAUGGGAAACCUGACGAUAAAGAACUCCUGGGAGGCCUUUAUGUAAAAUCUCUGUUGAAAAAGAACAGCAACAUCAGUGCUUCUGUGGAGAGUGUCCAGCUCCUUUAAAAUUUUACACCUUGACAACAGUAUGUACAUUCUCCAUACUGCUCUUUAUAAAUUUACCAUGAUACUGAGUAGGAGAACUUCUUUAACGAUCAAGAAUUUCUUAAGUUGGCUACUCUUUCUAUCAUUCUUAUGACCUUGAAGUGUUUGGUUCAAUGGUGAUACAAUGAGGAGGAAUCAGUAGGGAUUAUAACCCUUAACUCCCAAGAUCUCAAUAGUAAUUCUCCUUACUGUCUGCCAUGUACAGUUCUUGUGAUGUUAGUUUUGAGAAUUUGGUUUUGGAUCAACUAAUAAUCC